CACUCACUCUCUCUGGUAUAGUGAUGUGGCCACAAUGGCUAACAACACCAAAAAAGUCUCGCUCAACACCAAACUCACCAAGAAACUUCUCUUGUUCAUCGUUCAAAGACAUUCACAACAUCUUAAGAGAAGAUUCCUUAUCCAGAUCCACGAAUUCUAAUUCACAUGGCCAGCCAAAAAAGCCCACCGUCUUCCACCGUGUACAGAUGCUCUCCUCCGGUGGCUGGAGCAGCAAAAUACGUCGAGCUGUCUCCCUAUCUCAGUCCUUCAUUUCACCACCUGAUGAUCAUCGUCAUCAACGCAUCACCAUUUACUUCACCAGUCUCCACGUCGUCCGCAAGACUCAUGAGGACUGCAAGACCGCCAUAUCACUCCUCCGUGGAUUCCACGUUCCGAUCGACGAACGUGAUUUGUCGAUGGACGAUAUGUACAUUGAUGAGUUGCAGAGGAUUCUAGGGUCGCAGGCUGUGAAAUUACCGAGCGUUUUCAUUGGUGGGAGAUACGUAGGUGGGGCCGAGGAGAUCAAGGAGUUACAUGAGACUGGAGAGUUAAAGAGGAUGAUUUGGGAAUUGCCCCUUGUGGACCCCAGUGUGUGUAAUGUGUGUGGAGGAUUGACGUUCGUUUUGUGUGAUCAUUGCAAUGGGAGCCACAAGAUCUACUACGAGGACGUUUGUGGGUUUUUGCCUUGUACGGCUUGCAAUCACAACGGUCUGAUCAGAUGUCCAUCAUGCUACUCCAUUCUGCUCUCCCGUAGUAGCUCAAUCAAGUAAGGAUACAAAUUCAAUAGAUUUCACCUCCAAUAGUUUUCUUAGUGAAAUACAAGAAGAUUUGUCACUUUUUUUUUUUUUUUUUUUUGAAAAAUAUAUUUGUUAUUGAGGUAUUUUCAAAAAAAUGAAAAAAAAAAUUAAACGGAGGAGGGGGGAUUUGAACGUGGUUAUCAGGGUGAUACACAUCACUUUUACCACUCCAACUAGUGGUUCGGGUGUAAAAAAAAAUGAAAAAUUUGAAAAUUGUUUUAAAUUUUGAUUGUUGACAAAAAAAAGAGUGUUUUAUAUUGUCUAUCAAAAACAAAUUCAUGGUAAUGUCUUAAAAAACCCAAAAGACCAUAUUACGUGGUCGGAUUUUGAUUUCAAUUCAUUGAAGCAGUGCCAUUGAAACCUCGAGUGUUGUAGAUUUUGUAAUUUUGUAAUGAUGCAAAU